AGGCUGUGUAGGAAAAAAAAGUCCUCAUAUUUUCAUUUGUGAGCUGUGACGUCACAAGGAGGUGGUACAGUCAUAUUCUAUCACCAAUACACUCCUGUAUUUUUCGUAGAGGUGUGCGGUCAAAUAUAGCUUUGUAGCAGAUGACCAGGCACCCAGUGUUGUAAUUGGUACUGUGAGAGGGUGAUGCAUGCCUGACCAUGGAAUUUGGUAAACGAGUACCUAAACGGAAAACCUCUUGCUGCUCUACUUGUACCCUGCCACAUGAGGGCAGAGAACGCUCUCAGAGACGGAAAAAGGGAUUCAGCAAUGAAGCUGAACAGAGUAAGGAUCUUGCAAAGCCCAAAAGGUCAACAAGAAAAACUUGUGCAAAUUACACUGAAGAGGAAGAAGCCUGUGAAUCACCUGCUGAGUGGUUAAGUGACUGUUCAGCGUUGGAGAGUGUAAAUCUACUUGAGAAACCUGACUGGGGUGUUUUACAAAUUUUUCUCAGUCACCUUGACUCUGGUAUUGGACCAAAUGGUUUGGAAGUUUCAGAUUUGUUAUCUUUGAUUGGCAGGAAUUGCAUUUCUCUUGGUGUUGUGAAAAGAAUAGAACACAUAUUAAACAGAGAUUCUUCAAGUAAGUAUUGUUUUAAUUUUAAUUAUUUUCUCUCAGAUGAGAAGAGAAUGACACAACUUAUACAAGGCAGAUUCCCUGUUAGUCACUUAAUUAUGUAUCUUUGUAUUGAUAGAGAUGAGGAUGAAGACACCUAUUUAUUGGAAAUUUCAGAUGGUGAUUUUAUGUCACAUUUUACUUUAGCAGUGUUUGACUUUGAUUCGCUUACUUUGAUGUAUGCUGAUACCCUUGGUUUCAACAUUCCAGGUAUUUUCACUGACAAGCUGAAAGAGUUAUUGUCUAAUUUAAAUUGCCCAUCAUUAUUUCACACAGUCCUGUGUCAUCCUCCAAACGAUGAUGAGUAUCACACAUGUGAUUCUGAGUGUUCUCCACUCUAUCCCCUUCAGAAUUGUGACACUGCCUCAGGUUUAGCUGUGAUUGUGUGUAUGGUGAUUGCAUUUAUGAAGUAUGAUGCAUAUCUAUCACUUGUUAUGGGAUUAUCUAAUGAGGAAAGCCUUUACUUCCAGUAUCUCCAAGAUAUUAGCAAACGUUCAAAACUCCUACGCUUAGUGAUUUGUUCAUGGCUUGUUACUGAUUGUAUAAAUUUCAAUAAUAUUGCAUCAUAUGAUGAACUUACACAAUAUCCUGAGACUGGAGUACCUUUGGGGUUUGGAAAGCAAUUCUCCAAUUCUUUACUGAAAGAAACUAAAAUUUACUCGGGUAGUUGUCUUGGUAUUAAACCUAAGCAAGAUAUGAUGUCAAGCAUGCCUGACUCAAAAUUUAAUUCAACAAGUGGUUUAGAUGAGUUAAUAGCAUGUAGACCUGUGGUACAUUUCUGCAAACCAGAUCAUUUCCGGCUUAAGCUAACAAUGAAAGAUGGAAGGAGUUUGUACAAAAUGUUUAAAUGCACAGGGAAAGGUGACCAGGCUGCAAUGUGUGUUAUUACAGAAUUUCUUAAUAGCUAUAAAGUUGUAGAAUGGGUUAAAAGUAAAACCUUUAGAAAUGCGUCUGUGAUACCUAACACAAGGCUAAGGAAGAACAAGACAUGCAACAUAUUAGAUUUCCCAGAUGAUGUUCAAGGAUACUUCAUUAAAAACCCAGAACUGUCAUUUGAAAGGAAAAUCAGAUAUCUAGUCCUAAGGAUUUAUAUUAGAGGCUGCCCUUCAGUAAUGACCAAAAAGUUUCGAUGUACUACCGCUGGGAAACAUGAUGGCAAUGCCAUAAAAAGAAUCAAUGCCUAUAUUAACAGCAAAGAGUUUCGUGAUGUUGUCAUUAAUAAUGCCAGAGCAGACUUAAGCUUCUCUGAUGAAAAAUUGAACCAUGCACACUUUGAUGAUCUGAUCUUGAGAAAACCUAUUAUUCAUUACAUAAAGGAACGUAGUAUUUUGAAGUUGGAAUGUCAGUUAAGGACUGGAAAACGGAUCUAUAGAGGAUUUGCUUGUUCGUCUGCUGGAAAAGGUGAUUUGAAGACCAUGGCCACAAUACAGAAAUUUCUUGCCUCUAAAGAGGCAGCUGAUUGGGUGCGUAGUAAAUAUGAAAUAAAGUUGGACAAGAAGAAAAACCAGAAGCAGAAAAUGACUCUCAAGCCUCCCAAGGAUGACUGGAUUCCUGAUGGAGAACUAUCUGUUGGUUAUGAGGUUAAAAGCUUCUUUGACAAGAUUGAAUUUGAUUUUAGGAAACGAAUAGUUAUGGCUAAAGGUGUGCAGUCCCUUUAUGAAGGAAAUGCAAUCAUCACAGAAAAUGAAAAGUGGGGGAAAACUCACAGAUUUGAUGAGACUUACAUGCUGAAUGAUCCUUUAUUGUCAGAAAAAGGCUCAUUUCCUGCAGUGACCAUGUACAUAAGCUGUUCAUCUAAAAGUUCUCAGUGUAAAGCACAGUGUGGUACACCCUUGAAAGACCUUGCAAAUACAACAAUAGGAUCGGAAUGUCCCGGUUGUCAUUGUGUUUUAGAAUUUCCAACAAAAGAGUGUAUAAACUGUUCUACUAACAGCACUCCAAAGUGGUACUCGCUAAAUGGUGAACUCAUGUGUAGUGCUUGUUAUCAGUACCAAAUUAAGCAUAAUGAUUCCCGUCCAACUGAGUUGAAAAUGAAAAGUUCUCAGGGAAUAUCUAGACUUUAUCAUUCCCAUUUUGUAUGUGGUUGGAGGUUAAAACUUGUUAUAUAUAGCAAUGAUUUAUCCAUGUGGAAACUCUUUAAGCACAAGGAUAAUGAUGACUUCCACGGUAUUCUUGUUGAAGAAAUAGAUAAAAAGCCGGAUGUGUCACUUUUACCAGCUGCUGUUUUAGUUUCAAAGCCACCCAAGUGCCAGAAAGUGAUUAUCAGAAAUAAGGAUUCAAAAUCUAUCCUGUGUAGUAGAUGCAUAUCGGAAAACUCUUCAGCCCCAUUUGUUUGCACUAGUCAGACAGAAUUGAUGAAGCACAUCUCGAUGUCACAUAAGAUUAAUUUCAUGAACUGCGCAGGCUGUUGGUCAGAGUCAGGCUCCAUUGUUAAUUUUGAAAAUGAGCAUGAGCUUCAACAGCACAUUCAAGAAAAUCACAGUGGUGAACACCAGUAUCCAGGGGAAAUUGAUCAUGACAGAGAGAACGAUCCUAUAGAAACCAACAGACAAGUGGAAUUAGAUGAGGCUGUUAUUGCACUUUUGGAACCCAGUCCAAUGUAAUUCAUUUCUUAAUUGUUAAUUAAUUUUGUAAGUCAAUCCUUAUAUGUAUGUAAUAAUGAGAGAGAGCACUUACUAGGUGUAGUUUGUAUGUUGUUAUAGCUGUCAGAGGUUUAUCUUAGAGAUUUUAAUCUAAAGUUGGAUGGGUAACUUUUAGUGAGGCACAUGUUACUAUGCCCAAAAUACUUUUGUUCAUACGUGAACAAACC